AUGGCCAACACACGUGAACAUACAUUUAUCAUGGUUAAACACGAUGGUGUUCAACGAGGACUUAUCGGCGAAAUCAUUCGUCGAUUUGAAAAUCGUGGCUUCAAACUCGUCGCCAUCAAAUCUAUUCAAGCUACUCGUGCUCAACUUGAAGUUCACUAUGAAGACCACAAAGGCAAAAACUAUUUCGAGUCACUUUUGGGCUAUGGUUCAUCAGGUCCAGCUAUUGCUAUGGUCUGGGAAGGCCACGGUGUCAUCACUGCCGGUCGUUCUAUUCUCGGAGCCACCGAUCCAAUCAAAGCUCAGCCAGGUACAAUCCGUGGUGACUAUGCUACCGCCAUCGGCCGCAAUGUUGUCCACGGCAGUGAUUCAGAAAAAGCUGCUAAACGUGAAAUUGAUGUUUGGUUCAAACCUGAAGAGAUUCUUACAUGGCACCGAGCUGGCGCUCAACAUUUACAUGACAAAUACAAUGAAUAA